AUGGGAAUAAUUCCAUCACUAUUCUUGGCCUUCUCAGGCGUCACUGUUGUUGCCUCCAACGUUGUUUAUAGCUUUGAUGCUACACAGUAUGAUGCUCGAGAUGUCAUUGUUCGGGAUAUCGCCGUGAUUGGAGGAGGCUCAUCAGGAACGUAUGGGGCCGUCAAUCUGCAUGCCAUGGGGCAGAGUGUGAUUCUCGUCGAGAAGGAAGCUCUUCUUGGUGGCCAUAUCAACACAUAUACCGAUCCCACCACUGGUGUCACCGUCGACUAUGGGGUGCAGGCCUUCUGGAAUAGCACGACCACAUGGGAUUACUUCGAACUACUCGGCAUUUCUGGCGAAGCUUAUUCUAUCGCUCCCCUGACCAAUGUGUUCUAUGACUUUUCCACGGGCGCGCCAGUGACAGUGCAAAUAGCAAACAACUUCACUGCAUAUGCCCAACAGCUCGACAAUUAUCCAUAUCUUGCCAACAGUUGGGAUCUUCCAAAUCCUCUUCCAGAGGAUCUGGUCUUGCCAUUUCAGAACUUUGUUACCAAAUACAAUUUGGUUAACAUGGCAUACACCAUCUAUUUCUAUAGCCAAGGCCUUACCAACUUUUUGCAACAGUUGACCAUCAAUGUCUUCAAAAUGUUUGACUCGACACUGCUCUCUGGCUUGACCGGUCACGACGUGGUGCCCCCAAACCACAACAACAAGCUGAUCUUCGAAAUGGCAUUGGAAAAGCUAGGACCUUCCAACGUGCUUCUUUCCUCCACGAUUGUUGCGGCGCAGCGCCCUCCCAAUGUGCCAGGGGUGCUUCUGAUCGCCAAGACGCCUAAUGGAGACAAGCUUAUCAGGGUGUCCAAACUGCUGAUCAGCAUUCCGCCACUUCUGGAAAACAUGCGCUCAUUCGAUCUCAACGACAUGGAAAAAUCAAUCUUCUCCCAGUGGACAUAUAGUAGUUACUAUACUAUGCUGGUAAACAAUACCGGUCUCCCAUCUGGGUAUCGAUUUAUGAACGCGAAUUCCAGCUCGGCUACCUUCAAUAUUCCAGAGCUGCCAGCCCCUUACCAAGUCACCGAAUCGAGAAUCUUGGGGCUUUGGUAUGUUUGGUAUGGGAGUCCAACCCCACUGACCCAGGAUGAGGUCCAGGAAGACGUGCUCAAGGUGAUCAAGAGACUCCAACAGGCGAUUUUAUCUAACGAGUCCCCUGGCCCGUCUCCUGAAUUUGUCGAGUUCCGAAGCCACACUCCGUUCAAGCUGGAGCCGUCGAAAGAGAACCUGGAGAAUGGGUUCUACAACAAUCUCAACGGUUUGCAAGGUGAGCGUAAUACUUGGUAUACUGGUGCCGCCUUUAUCUCUCAAGCGUCUGGAAUUCUUUGGAAUUAUACCCACUCUCUCCUGCCAGAAAUUGUUGGCAAAUAA